AUGCAAAUGUGCCCAAAUGGGUUUUUGGUUCUCCUUGGAGUCAUUUGUUUAGUGGAAAACUCCAACACUCUCGAUUGUUAUCAAUGUUCCGGAAGCGAUUCGGAUACACCAUUCCAAUGUAACGAGUGGCUGUCUAGCGACAUAGAUAUAACACCGCAGGCAUGUGACAAAGUAUAUGGUGCCAAAUAUUGCAUCAAACAUGUAGGCAGAUUCGAAGGUGCUGCUCUAAAGUGUUAUCAGUGUUCUGCUUCUGCAUCUAUAGACUGUUCUGAUGGAAUGAUACAGAUGGGUGGAGGUGGUGGUAUGGUGCCUCAAAGUUGUGACCACGUUUUCGGGGCACAAUAUUGUAUUAAGACGACAAGCUAUAAUAAUGGAGGAAUUGGUGCCAAACGUUUCUGUUCGUCUUUGGACCUCGGAAACUACUGCAAUUACGUCCAACAACCUGGUGAUACGUUGACGUACAGGACAUGUGUGUAUACCUGCACAGGAGAUGGUUGUAAUACGGGUACUUUUACCAAGCCGAAUGUCAUUUUGAUGAUUUCACUCGGACUUUUCGUACGCGAAAUAUUAUUCUAG